AUGGCCUCUUUUCCCGACAGUUCCAAGUCGGACACCUCUUGCAUCCCAGGCCCAUUGGGUUGUGAGUUUUUUUUUUUUGCUUAUUCCCUUUUUAUCUGAAUAAAGUUCUCAUUUCUCUUUUCAGGCCGAUACGAUGACAACCUGAACCACUUGGAAAUCCAGUUGGUCGUGCCUGGAAUCCGAGAAAAGACCUUUAUGAAGGCUUCCAAUACACAAGUCUAUCUCAAAAGCGACCCUUAGUAAGUAAUUUUAUUGCUUAAUUUUUCUUUUCAGAUUAUUGUUCAAUAAAUUAUCAAUUUUUUGUCUUUCAGCAGCCUCGGUUGUACAGUGGAAAUCGUCAAAAUCGACAAAAAGAAAAAGCCUCCAGAGAAAACUGUCAUCGACCGCCGCUUUUACGAGGUUUCAUUUUUUUUUUCGUGCGAAAUUUUAUGGCUGCAUGAAGAGUUGACAUUAUUUUUUUUUCUCGUGUCGAAAUUGAAUCAGCGUUUUUUCAAAGUUUUUUUCAAUGAAUCUAGCUUUAUGUCAAAUUUUUGAAAUUAGAAAAAUAAAAUGAUAAGUUUUUUUUUCAGUUUUAUGUUCUGUAACCUGUUUAUAAUGUCAAUUAGAUGCAAUUUAAAUCUGAGCUCAGCUAUUUAAUUUUUUUUUAAUUUUGUCUUUUUUUCAUUAUUAUGAGCCUUGGCAGAAAUCUUGAACUAGUGAGCUCUUUUUUCGAUGAUAAAAAUUACCGGAGGUUUUACCUUCUCCGAAAAUUUUUUUCAGGAAACAGUUUUAUCGAAAAAUAAUUCUUUUUUUCAAAUAUAAUGUUCAACAUUCUGAGGUUUACAACGUUAAUUUUUCGAAUUUCUUAAAAUUUUUUUAUCAUACUUAGUCGAUUCCAUCUGACUAAAACAACCAAUAAAUAUUGAUGAUGAUGAUGAUGAUAGUUGUAAUUAUUUAAUUUUUCAAGGUGCAAAGGUUCCCUGCCGAGAUCUCUGACGUGACUUUCAAGUUGAAGAAAGAUUGCUGUGUACUGACGAUAAGAAAGAAAACUGCACAAUCCUGGGCGAAUCAAAUGUCUCAAUAUGGUAUGACAUAA